CCGCAGUCAAAAGACAAGCUAACGAUAACCUCGUGGGGAACGGCACGCCCCAUUUUAUCUGUGGCCCUUAAUUCUUUAGCUCAUGGAUACGCACUCCAUAGAUGGAGUCAAGUUAGCAGAUAUGCCAGAUCAACAGAGUAUUCGCUUGAGUCGCGAGGUGGAACGCCUCGUUACCGCCCCUUAUGCACCUUCAUUUCAGGACCUAUAUAGCUUGACUCAAUCAACAACGUCACAAAGCAUUCGACUGUGGGCCUCUCACAAGCCCUGUCAAAUCGGGGCUCUAGUUGACGUGCUCGUGGACGGUCUAUCGCGCUCUCGUUUCGCGUUGCCUCUACUUGGGACAUUUGUUUCAGCACCUGCUGUUCGGGAUGCUUUGCUGGAGCGACAUCCAUGUCUUCUCGAUCAGUUCCUUCAAGGUGCUAUCGACGAUGACAAGGCAGAGUAUGCUUUGGUGUGCACCGCCAUCCUAUCGUCACCUCUACCGCCUGAGUUCAUGAUACCCGCACGCUUGACUCAGUUUAUGGAGAAGAUGAUACGUACUAUGGGAGAAGAUCCGCGUGCAGAAAAUAUCCUACCUCUGAACCAAAUCUCUAAUGGCAUUAAAAGAUCACCUCGACUCCUCGAAGAGAUCCCGUCCGAAGUGAUGGCUAGCCUUCAGGUAGAGCUCACGAAAACGCUGCGUAACCUGAGUGACCACAUGGGCAACCUUCUCUGUCUAGCAACCUUUGCACGCAUGGCAUCCUUAGAAGAUCCGGGGACCGAGAAAGGCUGUGUGCGGUUUGUUCCGUCAUGGUUGCAAAGCGUCAACCAUUUCUUUGGCCCCAAGCGGGGUCUCAAAACUUUGGACCUCGUCGUCCUGCGCGUUAUUCUCGCUUGCUCCGAUAGCUGCAGUGACUUAACGGUAGACAAAGCAGCCGAGAGUAUUCGUCUGGCAAUCGAGAUAUGUGAUAGAGUCGAGCCAGAACAGAGAGAAAGCUGGGUCAAGGCAAACGGCUCAAAAAUUGCCAAGCUACGGGAGAAGAUCACCAGGAGUGGUAUUGAAUCUGGAGUUCAGAUGCUAGGUGCGACAUUUUUGGCAUCGCUGCUUCCAGUUGCCGCAUUAUCAACCGAUAUAGCCCGAGUUGCUAUCGACGGGCUUAUAAGUCCAGACAGCAAGUUCGUGCUAGGUGUGCUGACAUCAGAGUAUAUACCACGCCUUGUAGGGGCAAGUGUGGCAUGUUUAGGUGUGACCGCGAUACGCAGUCUGCUUGAACAUAUUGUGUCUUCUUUAGAUACUACCAGCUCUUCGAGCCUGACUCAUAUCCUGGUGGCCAAGUCGUUGGUCAUGGGGCUGCAUUCAGCAUCGCUGAACUCCGCUAUCUUUGCCGAACCUCUUGAACAAUGUCAGCAAGUCAUGUGGCAAAUAAUUGAAAGCUUUCCGAGAAGUCACGCUUCAUCAUCAUGCCACGGCUCUCAAGAAUGCGGAGCUACACGUUCGCAACUGGAAAAUGAACUAAUAUAUGACUUUCUAUCCUUUUACCUCCACGCACUGCUAUCACAGACCACAACUCAGGACACGGUAGCUGGUAAUGCGACCCUACAGAUGUUUCUGGCUCAAAACAAGCAGCUACUGCACAGCCAAAAAUGCUCGUUCUCAGAAGCAGAAUCAGCUCGUGCCGCGAAAACCUAUACGACAGUCAACGUCCGUGAGGGCCUUUCCGCACCUAGUUCGCGGUCUGACUGGAGGAGCUCUAUGUCAGAAACGCUCAUGCUUAAUGCGCGCGUGUCGAAUGACAGCCUUAUGCGUAGGAUGGAGGAGGUGUGCUAUGAUCUCGAACAACGAUGCAAUGAUGUCGAAGCCCCUCUGCGGACGAUGGAGCAAGAGCGGAACGCGAUUUCAGCCGAGGCGCAGCAGCUAAGGGAACAGAAUGGCGCAUUGAAGCUGCAAUUUCAACAAGCAUCCGAUACAAUUGGCGGGCUUCGGCUGGAGAUUUCUCGCUUAGAGACCCAUGCGGAAGCUGCAUCCAUCCGUGCCGAAGAAUUGUCGGCAACUCUCGACGCAGCUCGAAGAGAUCUUGAAGACCAGAGGCGCGAGUUUCAAGAUACUAUGGCAAGCAAGGUAGAAAAGGCCCGAACUAGGGAGUUGGACUUGGUCGCAUCUAUAACUGAAAGAGAUGAUCAGCUGGAAUCGUUGCAGGAUGAAAUGAUAGCCCAAAGGGCCGAGAACACGAACCUGCAGAACGCUCUAGAUGAAGCCUCGAAAGAGAAAUUCUCCCUGAUUAAAUCGAAUGACUCCAUCAAAGAGGAUUUGGCGGGACUUGAAGAAAAGCUCCGACAAAGCGAACUGCUUCUAGUUCAAAAGGAUGAAGACAAAGAGCAGAUUGUAUCCGAGAAGGCAGACACUGAGAGGGAAAUGGAAACCCUUCGCAUUCAGCUUGAGGAAGAGAGGAUGAAAUCCCACGAGUUGGCAUCCACUCUCGAGAAAACCGAAAGGGCCCUUCAAGUAGAACAAGAAACUGUCCGAGCUUAUGAGGCUCAACUUUCGGCGGCAAGUACAAAGUACGAGACCCAAAAGGAAGAAAUAUUCUCGCUGCGUAUGGCCAUGCAGGCAGCCGCAUCCGACGCCACUAAGGAGCUGCAAACGAAGGAUAAGCGGAUACACCACCUAGAGAAGAAGGUACAACAACUACGAAAUGAGCGAGCCGCAAAAGCCCGGGAAUUUUCUGAAGCCCAGCAACAUAUCGGACGCCUUAUGAAUGUUAUGGGGAUCCGAGUUGAGACUGACGGGACGAAAGCCCCGGGCAAACAGACGAGGAGGUCUAGUGCAAGACCCUCCCCGACAACCAUGACACAGCAAACGCAACCGGCGGAGGACGAGCUCCAAACCCAGCCUCAGAACUCACAGGUGGAACCGCUUGAAAAUAGCCUGUCGUCCCCUCCUUGCCGGAGCCCGAAAAGGACUAUGGAUAAUGCAUUUUCUCCGGCUGAUCCAUCAUCGCAGCAAAUGAGGGUCGGCAGGAAGUCUAGGAAUGUAACACCCCAGCACAGGCGAACACCCCUCGAAGAUGCCGACCUAAAUAGCCAGCCGUGCGCACAGCGAAGUCCCGCGUCACAACGCAGCGAAUGUGGCACUUCCGACCAAGUUCGGACUCGCGCCAGCUUGGAAGAGAACCAACUUCAGCACAUAGACCUGGACAUGGAUCUGGAGUUUUCGAAGGACUUCCUCUUCACAAGCACGUCCUUGUCCGCGGCCAAUGAUCCCAUUCCGCUCUCACAGACACAGCAGUAGUAUGAGACAUACAUGACUAAUGAUUUUUGUACAUAUGUUAAUUGGUAUGAUAGCCUAG